AUGGCAGAUUUAUCGGGUGGCAUAUAUGAUCCAUUCUGGCGCGACCUCCCCUACGCCAAUAUUCAUCUCUCCACCACUCCAGAUGUUCUCCACCAGCUCUAUCAGGGCGUCUUUGCUCACAUCCUUACCUGGGCCACUGACAUCCUUGGGCCCAAAGAGCUUGAUCAUCGCAUCCGCACCCUUCCUCCUUUCCAUGAUAUGGCCAAGAUUAUCCUAGCCUGUCUGGUUGGUCGCAUAUCUAACCAAGCUCUUCUGGCCUUUCGUUCAAUUCUCGACUUCAUCUACCUUGCCCAGUACCCCACUCAUAAUGCCGAGACCCUGAGCUAUAUGAAGGAUGCUCUUGCCACCUUUCAAAAACACAAGGACGUCUUUAUCAAACUCGGCAUACGCGAACAUCUCAAUAUACCCAAGUUCCACUCCCUCUUACAUUAUAUUGAAUCUAUAUGUCUCUUUGGCACUACCGACAACUACAAUACCGAAAUGUUUGAACGCCUCCACAUCGACUACGCUAAAAAAGCCUGGCGAUCCACUAAUCAUUGUGAUGAACGUCCCCAGAUGGUCCGUUGGCUCGAGCGCCGAGAGAAGAUGGCCACUUACGAACGUUACAUCAAACACCACAUUCCUUCCACAUUCCUCACCGACAUCUCUUCUUCCUCUCAUGAUCAUACUGGCACUAGCGAGAUCACCAUCAAAGGUACUCCAGAUGUACCCAGCGCCUCAAUCAAGUCAAUCGAAGCCACACAUUCAGCUCCAGGUUUCGAACGGGCUUUGAAGGAGUUCAUAAAUAAGCACAGUUUUCAGCGUACCUCUCAAAAGGACAUUGCUAUAAAGAGUCUUCCCUUUGAUUCAAGCUGGGCCAUGCAGAGGUUCUUGGCACGUCUUUGGAUACCGAGGUUGUGA